AUGGGCCGCAUCUUUGUCGGCUUGGUGCAAUGCGGGGCGUGGGGCUGCUUCGACGAGUUCAACCGUCUCGAGCAGACUGUGCUUUCCGCCGUUUCGCAACAUAUUCAAGCCAUACAGGAUGCGAUCCACCACCGUUCCCCAUCCGUGACGCUUGGCCAGUAUACAGCCCGCGUCGAUCCCAAUUCCGCCAUCUUCAUCACACUCAACCCGGCCGGCAAGGGAUACGGCGGUCGCCAAAAGAUGCCGGACAACUUGAAGCAGCUCUUCCGGCCGGUGGUGAUGUCCGUUCCGGAUAAUGAACUCAUCGCCGAGACGCUCCUCUUUGCCGAAGGUUUCCGCGAGGCUAAGCCGUUGGCUAGGAAAACGCUCCAUGAGCAGCUACGGCAACGUAUUGGUGUUGUCGUAGUUGGCCCAUCCCAAAGUGGAAAAUCCACACUUUGGCGUGUCCUCAAACGAGCGUUGAUCAUCAGCGGCCAACGGCUCGCCUGCUACGAGUUGAAUCCAAAAGCCACAACCCGCACAAGACUGCUUGGCCAUAUGGAUAUGGAUACACGAGAAUGGACCGAUGGUAUAAUCACCAUGGCCGCCAGGAAUGUUAUUAAGGAUACACAGGUCCAUACAUGGAUCGUCUGUGAUGGUGACAUCGACCCGGAAUGGGUAGAAGCCCUGAAUUCUGUCCUGGACGACAAUCGCCUUCUGACGAUGCCCUCUGGAGAGCGCAUCCAGUUUGGCGCCAAUGUCAAUUUCCUCUUCGAGACCCAUCAUCUACAAUUCGCCUCCCCGGCUACGGCAUGGCUGACCGACGCGAGCCACCCAUCAAUCUGUGUGGUCGGACCGGAAGGGAGCGGAAAAGCGAGUCUGAUGCAGAACAGUCUCCAGACCCUCCCUCUAUCCAGAACGGCUACACUUUCAUGCUCUGCACAAACCUCAGCACAUACCCUACUUCAUACCCUUCAUCAGCACACUGUUCAGGUGUCCGGUGCAGGUGGCCGUGUACUGCGCCCAAAAGACGGUGGUGGCCAGUUGAUCGUUCUCCUUCGAGGUCUCAAUCAAACCUCCCCAGAUCGCUAUGGGACCUCACAACUUCAUGCUCUCCUCCAGCAACUCCUCACCUACCACGGAUUCUUUGAUGAUGCUCUCGAGUGGAUCGGUUUGGAGGGGAUUCAAUUCGUCGUCACCAUGGCGUUGGAAGGGGCUGGAAGAAACCUGAGCAAGGCCGAGAAACAGAUGGACAAGCUGUCAAAGGGUCUCGUGACGGUAGAUGAACAAGUGGCCGAGCUGAAGGCCCGAUUUGAGGGGUAUAUGAAAGAGGCCACCCAUAUCAAGAUCAACCUUGACAAGGAGCAGAUCGAACUCGGCAUCCGUUUCGGCAAAACACUGAUCAUCGACGAUAUCGUCGACAUCCCGCCCGUUUUGCACCCACUUUUACGCCGUGAUUUGUCAUCCCAGGGCCCUAGACAGGUGGUCGUCUUCUGCGACAAGGCCCUCGAUUUCCACGCCGACUUCCGCCUCCUCCUCUGCACCAAGAACGAACGACUCCAACUAACGGCCACCGAAGCGGCAGCCCUCCAACAAGUCUCCUUCAUCACUACCAGAAGCGGCCUAUCCGCCCAGCUGCUCGGCCUCGCCAUCCGCUUGGAACGCCCGGAGCUCGAGCUCAAGUCCUCGGAACUAACGAGGGGCGCCGAGGAGAUGAAGAUGCAGCUCGAGGCCCUGGAAUUGAGCUUGCUACAGGAGUUGGCUUCAUCAGAGGGAAAUCUUUUGGAGAAUACGGCCCUGCUCGACUCGUUGAACAAAUCGAAGGCAAAUGCGGAGACGAUUAGUAAAAGUAUUGCCGAGAGUGAGCGGCUGAGAACCGAGUUGCAACAACAACGCGAAGGCUACCUCCCACUGGCGGAAUAUGGAUCAUCCCUCUUCUUCGGCUUCUCCUCCCUGCACUCCGUCAACCAUAUGUACAACUUCAACGUCAACACCAUUCUCCAUCUCUUCGAGGCCACCAUCAAAAAUUGCAAGGAUACCUCGUCAACGCGGCUUGAUGCGUUGCGGCGCGAGCUUCAGGUGUCCGUGUUCCACCACGUGACGCGCUCGUUGUUCAAAGCCGAUCGCCUCCUGUUCGCCAUCCAAUUCGUCCACGCCACCCAGCCCAAAAUGUUCCAGCCAAAUGAGUGGGAGCUGUUCUCCGGGAGCUUAGUGGUUGAAGCACGCGAAGCCGGAUACUCGAUCCAGAAUAUUGGAUGGAUAGAGGAAGAGCAAAGGACUACCGUGGCUAGAUUACAAACAAGUCUUCCCGCCCUCUUCAACACGCUACGCCUAGAAGACACCGGGACCUGGGCAGAAUACUCAAGAACGACCGAAGCGGAAACUGCCGUGCCUUCAGAUAUCUCAGCCAAGAUUACCCCGUUCCAAAAAGUGCUUUUGAUCCAAGCCACGCGCCCCGGACGUCUCUACGCUUGUUUGCAAGCUUUUUGCCAGACAGCCCUUGCGCUCCCGGAUCUGAACCCGCCGCCCUUUGACCUCGGAAAUGUGUUCAGCGACUCGGAUAAUGGGCAUCCGAUUCUCUUGUUGAUUGCUGGGGGUGUGGAUCCGUCGCAGGAACUCGAAGAACUUGCGCGAAAAACGAUAGGCACUGAAAAGCUGCACUCUAUCGCCAUGGGACAGGGCCAACAAGAAGCGGCGGUUCGCGCUUUGAGGAAAUGUGCUGCCGAGGGCGGCUGGCUCUAUCUGCAGAAUAUCCACCUGAUGCUCGCCUCGAUUCCGGUCAUCCAAAAGGAGCUUGGCAUCGAAAAGCAUGAAAACUUUCGACUUUGGAUGACUGCCGAGCCGGAUGAUCGAUUCCCGUCAACACUGCUUCAAGAUUCCCUAAAAAUCACCUUUGAAGCACCUCCUGGAAUCAAGAAUAAUUUGCUAAGGUCCUUAACCAGCGCAGAAGACCGACAACGCAACGCCGUCUGCUCACAGGCCAUUUUCGUGGUGGCCUGGCUGCACGCGCUGCUCCAGGAGCGUAGAACAUACAUCCCGCAGGCCUGGACGAAAUUCUACGAAUUUUCCUCGGCCGACUUCCGCGUCAGCACUGCCGUUGUGGACACGAUGACGAAUAAUCGGACCCCGGAAUGGGAGUUCGUACGUGGCACUCUACAGGAAGUAAUCUAUGGCGGACGCAUAGAAAGCUCGUUUGAUAUGCAGGUUCUUGCUGCUUAUCUAACGUCACUGAUCAACGGCGAUCGAAUCACAGGCCGUGAGGGCCAAUUGGCAGCCGGAGUCACGUUGCCCGUCUUCGAUCGCCUUCAGGAUUACCUCCGCUUUGUCAACCAAUCCAUCCCAUCUAUCGAUGCCCCCGCACUGUUCGGCCUCCCCGCCAAUAUCGGUUUCUCGUGGCAAUUGGCUGAGGGAAACUCGACGGUUCAACGGUUGAAAAUUGCAGGCUCCACCACAGCGCUGUCGGAUCGUAAAGAAUGGGCUGAUGCUGCCCAGCCAUUGCUGUCGCUAUGGAAGAAGUUGUGUUCGGGUGAUGACCUACAUUCCCGACCAUUACCCCCUGUCACUGAAAGUCAGGACCCGCUCGAAGAGGUGCUACAGCUAGAGCUUGUUCAUGCUUUGAAAACUGUCCAAUCCCUCCACACCGCCCUGACUUCACUCUCAAAAAUGAUCCGGGGCACGCAACUACCCGACAAAUCUACGACGGCGAUGAUCACCGCGCUUUGCCGCCACGAGACCCCGGAUUUAUGGCAGGAUUUGUGGACCGGCCCUCAAAAUCCGGCCGAAUACUUAUCUACGCUUCUCUAUAGAACCAAAUCCACCGAAAACCUCGUCAAAGAGGCGAAAAGCGGCGAACUCCUCAGCCGACCAGUCGACCUCUCUCAACUCCUCCGCCCCACCUCGCUGCUCACGGCCCUACGCCAGAAGACGGCAAGGGUCAAAAAGGUCCCCAUGGACGAGCUGGUGCUCCGCAGUGCCUGGAAUGCGCAGCUUCUUCAAGACCACCUUAGCGUCACGGUGAAAGGGCUACUGCUGCAAGGCGCAUUAUUCGAAUCGGUCCUGAAAGAAGUUUCUACCUCUUCCGCGCCCUACAGCCAGGCCCCACCUCUCACCCUCGCGUGGACACCGAUGGCGUCAUCUAACGUCUAUUCGUCCUCCGAAUCUGUACUAGUUCCGAUUUACACGAAUGCGGAGCGCGAGACCCAAAUCGCCACCGUCCAGAUGCCCUGCGGCCGUGACACUAACAAAUGGAACAUUGCAUCGAUUGCCCUUUUCUUGAAA